CCUGUUGCCCCCGCCUCUUUUUCCUUCCCGCCGUGCCCCGCGGCCGGGCCAGGGCAGCCGGGAAGCGGGUAGGGCGGAGUUACCCAGCAGCUCCUGGGGCAUCGCUCGGGUACCCUCCACGCCGUCGCAGCCACUGCUGUGGUCGCCGGUCAGCCGAGGGACCCCGAUACUGGUUGCCCGCGGUGUAAACAGAAUUCAACGUGUAUCGCUGCCGCGAAGAUGGAGGGACCUCUGUCCGUGUUCGGUGACCGCAGCACUGGGGAAGCGAUCCGCUCCCAGAACGUUAUGGCUGCAGCUUCGAUUGCCAAUAUUGUAAAAAGUUCUCUUGGUCCUGUUGGCUUGGAUAAAAUGCUGGUGGAUGAUAUCGGUGAUGUAACCAUUACUAACGAUGGUGCAACCAUCCUGAAGUUACUGGAAGUUGAACAUCCUGCAGCUAAAGUUCUUUGUGAGCUGGCUGAUCUGCAAGACAAAGAAGUUGGAGAUGGAACUACAUCAGUGGUUAUUAUUGCUGCAGAACUCCUGAAAAAUGCAGAUGAAUUAGUCAAACAGAAAAUUCAUCCCACAUCAGUUAUUAGUGGCUAUCGACUUGCUUGCAAGGAAGCAGUGCGUUAUAUCAAUGAAAACCUAAUUGUUAACACAGAUGAACUCGGAAGAGAUUGCCUGAUUAAUGCUGCUAAGACAUCCAUGUCUUCCAAAAUCAUUGGAAUAAAUGGUGAUUUCUUUGCUAACAUGGUAGUAGAUGCUGUACUUGCUAUUAAAUACACAGACACAAGAGGCCAGCCACGCUAUCCAGUCAAUUCUGUUAAUAUUUUGAAAGCCCAUGGGAGAAGUCAAACGGAGAGUAUGCUCAUCAGUGGCUAUGCACUCAACUGUGUGGUGGGAUCCCAGGGCAUGCCCAAGAGAAUCGUAAAUGCAAAAAUUGCUUGCCUUGACUUUAGCCUGCAAAAAACAAAAAUGAAGCUUGGUGUACAGGUGGUCAUUACAGACCCUGAAAAACUGGACCAAAUUAGACAGAGAGAAUCAGAUAUCACCAAGGAGAGAAUUCAGAAGAUCCUGGCGACUGGUGCCAAUGUUAUUCUAACCACUGGUGGAAUUGAUGAUAUGUGUCUGAAGUAUUUUGUGGAGGCUGGUGCUAUGGCAGUUAGAAGAGUUUUAAAAAGGGACCUUAAACGCAUUGCGAAAGCUUCUGGAGCAACUAUUCUGUCAACCCUGGCCAAUUUGGAAGGUGAAGAAACUUUUGAAGCUGCAAUGUUGGGACAGGCAGAAGAAGUGGUACAGGAGAGAAUUUGUGAUGAUGAGCUGAUCUUAAUCAAAAACACUAAGGCUCGUACAUCUGCAUCGAUUAUCUUACGUGGGGCAAAUGAUUUCAUGUGUGAUGAGAUGGAGCGCUCUUUACAUGAUGCACUUUGUGUAGUGAAGAGAGUUUUGGAGUCAAAAUCCGUGGUUCCCGGUGGAGGUGCUGUAGAAUCAGCCCUUUCCAUAUACCUUGAAAACUAUGCAACCAGCAUGGGGUCUCGGGAACAGCUUGCUAUUGCAGAGUUUGCAAGAUCACUUCUUGUUAUUCCCAAUACACUAGCAGUUAAUGCUGCCCAGGACUCCACAGAUCUUGUUGCAAAAUUAAGAGCUUUUCAUAAUGAGGCUCAGGUUAACCCAGAACGUAAAAAUCUAAAAUGGAUUGGUCUUGAUUUGAGCAAUGGUAAACCUCGAGACAACAAACAAGCAGGGGUGUUUGAACCAACCAUAGUUAAAGUUAAGAGUUUGAAAUUUGCAACAGAAGCUGCAAUUACCAUUCUUCGAAUUGAUGAUCUUAUUAAAUUACAUCCAGAAAGUAAAGAUGAUAAACAUGGAAGUUAUGAAGAUGCUGUUCACUCUGGAGCCCUUAAUGCUUAAUGAUUGAUCUGAUGUCUCUUUAUUUAUAACAAUGUUAAAUGCAAGUGUCUUGUACCUUGAGUUAAACAUUAAAGUACAAGAAGCUGUAAAUUUGGCUUUUUGUGAUGUAGGAAAUGGUUUCCAUCUGUGUUUUGGUCCUUGAUUUCACAUAUAACAACCUAGUACUUUCUUAGUUUAAAAAGAAAUUGAGGUUGUUCAAAGUUGAAGCAAUUCAUCCUCUCUGAACACACAUUGCUAUUCCCAUCCCACCCCCAAUGCACAGGGCCGCAACACCACGACUUCCGCCUGUUCUCUCCAGUGUAUGUAACAGGGUCACAAGAAUUCGACAGCCAGAUGCUCCAAGAGGGUGGCCCAAGGCUAUAGCCCCUCCUUCAAUGUUGACCUAAGCAGGAGAAAAGAUUUAGAUUGUUUAUUCUUCUGUGGACACAGUUUAAAAUCCUAAACUUGUCUUUCCUCUUAAUGUAUCAGCAUGCUACCCUUUCAAACUCAAAUUUUCAUUUUAACUGCUUAGGAAUAAAUUUACACCUUUGUGAAAAUUCA